AUGGACGCAAUCAAGAUUCAGCUGCCGCACACUGUGCAGCCCCGGGCUGAGAACGCGAACGACGGCGCCGUGAGCCGCACAAUGCAGCCGAUUGUCACAGGUACGUCGGUGGUUGCAUUCAAGUACAAGGACGGAAUCAUGAUGGCGGCGGAUACUCUGGCGUCGUAUGGCAGUCUGGCGCGGUUCCGUUCAGAGAAGCGCCUGAUGGCAGUCGGCGACAACACGCUGGUGGGUGUGUCGGGCGACCUGUCCGACUUCCAGUAUAUGCAGCAUGUGCUGGAGGACCUGGAGACGCGCGAGCUCUGUAUGGAUGACGAUCAGACGCUGGGCACAAAGUCUGUGUACAAAUACAUCAGCAACAUCAUGUACAACCGGCGCACUAAGGUGGAUCCGCUGUGGAACUCGUAUGUGGUUGCCGGCCUGGACCAUGAUGAGAAGUUCCUGGGAUUUGUUGAUCUGUACGGUACCCGGUACCAGUCGCCGACCAUUGCCACUGGCUUUGGCGCCCACCUGGCCCAGCCGAUCCUGCGCAAGCGUGUCGAGGGCCGUGAGGACGAGAUCGAGGAGGAAGAGGCGCUGGCCAUCCUCGACGACUGCAUGCGUGUGCUGUUCUACCGCGAUGCUAGAUCGUUCAACAAGCUGAGGCGCGCCAAGGUCACCGCCCAGGGCGUCGAGAUCUCCGAGCCCUACUCGCUCGAGACCAACUGGGACUUUGCCGAGUCCAUUGUUGGCUAUGGCGGUUAG